AUGUUCAAGGCUUACAAGAACCUCUCUCCCAAUGCCAGGCUGGGCGUUGGCGUCGCGGUCCUCGCCUGGGGCGCGGCUGGUCUCUAUCUCUCAGACCGCGCCGAGGAAAAGUUUGGCUUCAAGCCGACGGAGCAGGACAAGGAGGAGCUGCGGCAAAUGACGCCACACAUUGUCGCGGUGGACAGGGAGGACAAGGAUGGCAAGUAG